AAAAAAACUAGCAUAUUUUGCCUAUGCUUAAUAAAAUCUAUUCCGUCGUUUAAAAUAUUUGCAAGUUAAUAACAUACUCAUGCAAAAUAAACAAGUAUUGUGAUAAUUACAUAGAUAGAAGUAGCUGAGUAACUAUGCCUAUACCCGACAGUAGUCACUACAUACACAGCCACACUAACAGAACUGGAAGAAUCGCUGGAUUUCUUCUUUAAAAUGGCGUGUUCGAGGUCGAUGAAACUCACUUCGAGAUCGUGAUCCACUGCUAUGUUGUCCGGGGAUAUAUCGGUCAAGUACAGACGGAACUCGCGAUGCUUAUCCGUGAAGUUUAGAGCUGCGUUGAGAGCUCUGGCAGAAUUUGAUCCAUUGGGAUAUAUUUUAUACUGUCCUUGUAUGGGAAGGUUUGGUAACCAAGCAGACCAUUUUCUAGGCUCUUUAAGUUUCGCUCAUAGUUUGAAUCGAACACUAGUACUUCCUCCUUGGGUCGAAUAUAGAUAUGGAGAACCGAAGUCAAUUCAAGUGCCUUUCAACACCUACUUCAAAGUCGAACCUUUGCGAAAAUUCCAUAAGGUUAUACUCAUGGAAGAUUUCAUGAAAGACAUUGCUCCUUACGAGUGGCCAAACGAUAAAAGAAUAUCAUUCUGUUACACAGCCAGAGGAGCUGGCGAUAACUGUAAUGCGAAGGAAGGAAACCCUUUCGGUCCAUUCUGGGAUACGUAUAAUGUAGAUUUUAUCGGAUCAGAAUUCUAUGGACCAUUACAUUACGAUACCCAUAAUCAUGACGUUGUUAAGCAGUGGAAAACGAAGUACUCGCCUAGUGAAUGGCCUGUACUUGCUUUUACAGGUGCUCCGGCAAUCUUUCCGGUACAACAAGAAAACCUUCCCCUUCAGAAAUAUUUGGAAUGGUCCAAUAAUAUAGAAGACAAAGCCAAUAGUUUCAUCAGAAAUAUACUGCCAAAGGGUGCUUUUAUCGGAAUCCAUCUACGCAAUGGUAUAGAUUGGGUAAGGGCUUGCCAACACAUACCGGAAAGUCCAAACCUAUUUGCUGCCCCGCAGUGCAUAGGUUACAGGAGCGAGAAAGGCCCAGCUACUAGUGACAUGUGCCUACCUAGCCACGAAACAGUAGUCAGGCAGUUAAAACGGGUUAUAAAAAAUAUUAACAAUUCUCCUAACAAUAACAACGAUCGUUCGAUUAAGUCGAUAUUCGUCGCUUCGGACAGUAACCAUAUGAUCGAACCACUGAAAACUGCCUUGGAACGAAUGAAAAUUAAAGUGUUUAAAUAUCCGGAAUCUAAUCCUCAUGUUGACCUCGCAAUUUUGGGUAAAUCGAAUCACUUUAUAGGGAAUUGCAUAUCGUCUUUUAGCGCUUUUGUAAAAAGGGAAAGAGAUGUUAGAGGUUUUCCUUCUUCAUUUUGGGCUUUUCCUGCAUUGAAAUCUACUAAAAAUAAUUUAAACCAUGAAGAAUUGUGAUCUAGUAUCAGGUUUAGAACUCGUUUAUUAGUAGGUUUGUAUUCGUAGUUAUUUUCUACACAAAAUCAAACUUUUAAUCCUCGUAAAAAACGGAUUAAUAAAGUCUUAUCUCAUUUUAAGUAAUUUUUAGUUGUAAAAUUUAAACUAAAAGCCAUUCACGCUCUUAUGCCGUGCACAAUUAUGAAUGUUCUUUACAUGACAAUUUUUGAGAAUUGCUAGUUCAGCAUUUAAGUAUUAAUUUUAAUAGGAGGCAACUUUAUUUUUGAAAGUUUUUAAGACUGUUCUAUUUAUUUGACUAUUAUUUCAACUUUAUAUUUUUUUAAUAAAAGUUUUCC